UCUGCAACUACAGUGCUGCACUAACGGAGACACAAACUUUGCCUUCUCUUGUGUUUCGAACUCCUUGCUCUGAGCUAGGUAGAGGUGCAGCUGGUCUCUAAUGCUCGGUUACCAUGCGGUUUAAGUAUCGGUACUUACUGUGUGAGCUGGUCCUGGAGGAUCCCCGGCUCAGGCAGAAUAUCUCCCAGGGCAUGAUCGUACAUAACGUGAGGGAGGCUCUGACCAGGACACAUGGCGACUAUGGGGCUGCUGCCUGUGCUGUGUCCCUGUCUGUGAAAUACCUGAAUGCAUACACUGGAAUCAUUCUGCUACGAUGCACUAAAGAUUUCUACCAGAUCCUGUGGUCUGCUCUUCCAUUUAUCACUAGCCUAGAGAACAGAGGGCAGCGCUUCCCAUGUUUCCUAAACACUUUACAUGUUGGUGGGACAAUACGCACGUGUCAAAAAUUCCUUAUUCAAUACAACAAGCAGCAGUUACAUCUGUUAUUAACGAAGUGCACCAGUGAUGCAGAGAGAAAAGAAAUCCAACAGUCAAUAGCCAGCUGCACCUUACAUAAUGUGGAAGAAGCGGAGUUUGUAAUGGGCAGUGAAGACAACAGCAUGGAGUGACUGUUGCCGCAAUAGAUUCCAACAUUGCAUGUCCUGGCAGUGACAGCAUUUAUCUAUGAAGGUUCAAUUCCCAUUGAAAAAGCAUACAGUGUUUAUAGUAAAUGCAAUUUCCACACUGGUUGUGGCAAAUAGCAAUAUAUUUUGAAUGUUUUGUUUAAGGUAAAGACUUGGAUAUAAACUUAUUUUGUAAUGCUCAGUUAAGUUUUGCUGUAUUUGAUCAAUGUCGAAGUUUUAGGUUUAGUUAUGGGGGUCUCCAUAUUUGGCACAGAUGGCUUACUGGAGCAGUACUACGUGUAGUUAGAGACUGAUACCCAGUGAAUGUACUAAAAUGUGGGAGAAUAGUAAAAUUGAAAUUAAAGCAGGUUGUGAUAUUAA